AUGAUGGUGGAGCGGCGCCUCAAGAACAACGAGAGCGAGGAUGCCGACAUGUACCAUCUCUUGAGUCAUCAUCAGGGCACUGACAAUUCCACGUCCGACGAGGAAGAGAGAGGCAGCGCACUUGAAGAUUUCACGGCUUUUGCCCGUGGGUUCACUCCACAGACUCGAGAUCUUCAAUACCAGAUGCAAAAGGCCAAGGAAAGGUGGACUACCCUGAACAGCGAUGCACGGCACGUUCGUCUGCAGCGCUGCAUCAUGAACCACAUUGGCAAGUCAUGGCUCAAGCACAAGAAGAAGAGUUGA